CGUCGACUUCAUCCUUCCUCCCCAAGGCAAAUCUUCAUCGUCUCCAACCCAGAUUUUCCCCGUCAACUCUCGUAUCUAGGGCACCAAGCUACCCUUUUCCUCCACCCACCCCCCCUCUUCAAGCUUUUCCCAUCCCACCUGCUUCAAGGAAAUUUCAAGUACAGGCGGUCUUAAGCUCCCCUGAGUCCUUGUCUCAACGCACAAACCGGUCAAGACUUCCCCGCGCGCAACCUCCCCCGUUCAAUUCCACCCCCUCACAUCCAAGCUCGUUGCGUCUUUUACCGUCAAGAUGUCUGCUGCCGUCGAAAACACCGCCGACAAUGUCGCCUCUGUCCCUGCUACUACCUCCCCCGAGGCUACCAACGGCACUGCUCCCGCCCCUGCACAGUCUACCGAUGCUGCCGCGGCCAGUGCUGAUGAAGGACGUCGGUUGUACAUUGGGAACCUCGCUUAUGCGACCACUGAGGGGGAGCUGAAGGAGUUUUUCAAGAACUACACGAUUGAGAGCGUCUCCAUCCCCGUGAACCCUCGCACCAACCGCCCCGUUGGAUACGCCUUCGUGGAUCUCGCCACUGCCAACGAGGCCACCGCUGCUAUCGAAGAACUGUCUGGAAAAGAAAUCCUCCAGCGCAAGGUCUCUGUCCAGCUUGCCCGCAAGCCCGAGCCCGCCGAGGCUAAGGCUGAGGGUGCCGCAAGUGGCGGUGAGGGUGCCAGCGGUAACGAGGGCCGCAAGAGGGCUGGUGGUCGUGGUCGUGGCCGCGGUCGCGGUCGUGCUCGUGGAGGCCGCCUGCCCCGUGCUGGUCGCUCUCAGGCCCCCGCUCCGAACGGCCAGGACACCACUGAGCCUGCUACCAUCCCCGAUGAGGCUGCUCCUCUGGCCGAGGUCACUGACCAGAACGAGACCGUUGCUUCCGGUGAGGCUGGCAAGCAGGCUGGUAAGCCCCGUGCUCCUCGUCCCCAGAAGCAGCGCGGUCCUCCCGAGGAUGGUAUCCCCUCCAAGACCAAGGUCAUGGUGGCUAACCUCCCUUAUGACCUGACCGAGGACAAGCUUAAGGAGAUCUUUGCCGACUACCAGCCUGUUUCCGCCAAGAUCGCCCUUCGCCCUAUCCCCCGCUUCAUGAUCAAGAAGCUCCAGGCCCGGAACGAGCGCCGCAAGGGUCGUGGUUUCGGAUUCGUUACCCUGGGCUCCGAGGAGCUCCAGGACAAGGCCGUUCAGGAGAUGAACGGCAAGGAGAUUGAGGGCCGUGAGAUUGCCGUCAAGGUUGCCAUCGACAGCCCCGGCAAGGAGGACGACGCUGUUGCUCCGGCCGAGAAGACUGAGGAGGAAGUGACCGAGGCUCCGGCGCAGGAGAACGCUGCUCCCGCCGCUGCCUGAAUGACAAGCUCGUUCUUUGCCUGAACGAAGAACCCCCGUGGAAACUCGGGGGUUGGAGGAGAAGUCGGGACCCGUCAUCUGGAUGGUUUUUAUAGUGGGCGUCGUCAGGAGGCCAUUUUCUUUUCCGGUCGGGGAGAAAGGCGCAAGAGCAGAAAGGAAAAGUUCAAAAGCCAAAAGCCUUUUACUAUUCUUCCUGUUUGAUCUGGUCCUGGGGUUCUUUAUAUCUUGUAUACGGAUGCCCGAAAGGGAUUCGUACUGGAGAGAUGAAAAUGCGUAAUGUGUUGUGUGACGGACCUGACCCUUGCUCACGAAUCUGCCAUUCUGCUACACUGUAUCUUAGCAAUAUUUAUUUAGCUUAUGAUUAGCCACAAGCUGGGCUUGUAGUUGUGCCG